CUUAUUUUGAAACCGGUAAUACUCUUCUGCUCUGGGCGCAAGACUUCAUCCAAAGACACGAGAAAGCACAUGAAAAGCACAUUUAUGACCUACUGAAUUUAUAUUUCAAUCCGUAAUCCGAAAGAGCGUUUAACCAGGUUAUCUAAGUCAACAGAUCAUGUGGAGUCCUGAUGAAAUAGCCAGCUUGUGUUAUAGUCACUUCAAUAAACUGCCUAAAAGAGGAAAGCCAGAGGCGGGCAGAGAGUGGACUCUACUGGCUGCUGUGAUUCUGCUGACUGACAGUUCAGAGCAGGACACAGUUCACAAGCAGGUUGUGUCUUUGGGGACCGGCACCAAAUGCAUCGGCCAGUCUGCCAUGAGUAUGAAGGGUGAUGUUCUGAAUGACAGUCAUGCGGAGGUUAUUGCUCGGAGGGGGUGUGUCAGGUAUCUGACGGAGCAGCUGUUCAGGGCUGUAAGUGGCCAGAGCUCGGAUGUUUUCUGCCCUGGAUCUGAAGAGGGAAAAUGGACAGUUAAACCGGGAGUCUCUUUCCUUUUCUUCACCAGUCAAACACCCUGUGGCGAUGCCUCCAUAUUUCCUAUGACUGGCAUUCAAGCGCAGCCCUGUGAGCCUGUGAAGUCAAUCCAGAGCGAGCAAUCAGAGAGACGAGGCCUGAAACGACACGCCGAGAGUGACCUGGAAGAGAGUGACAGCCAUUCAUCCCACAGAAAAUCAGGGGAUACUGAUGAGCAUGAACUCAUAACAGAAAACAAAGAAAGUAAUCCAUUAAAUGCAGUCUUGCACUGUCAGCCGGAAGAGGAGAAAGACAUCCACCGUACAGGGGCGAAGUGUGUCCCCGCCGGCCCGGCCGACCCGCUGCAGCCUGGGUUACUGUAUCACAGCGUCGGGGUUCUGCGGCUGAAGCCGGGCCGCGGCGAGCGCACACUUUCUCUCUCCUGCAGUGAUAAACUGGCCCGAUGGGGCGUUCUGGGCUUCCAGGGUGCCCUGCUGUCUCAUUACCUGCAGGAGCCGCUCUAUUUCAGAGCUGUGGUGGUUGGAAAGUGUUCUUACAGCCGUCAGGCAAUGCAGAGAGCACUGAAAACACGAUGCUCUGAUGUGAGGGAUUUGCCGCCAGGUUUCUCCGUACACGAUCCGGAUAUUCUGCAGUCCGGUCUGGAGUUUCCUCACAACCACACACACACCGAGGCCAAACACACACACACACAGGGCAGAAUAUCUCCCUGCGGGGCAGCCAUCAGCUGGUGUGCCGUAUCCCAGCAGCCUCUAGAUGUCACUGCCAACGGUUACAAACAGGGAGUGACUAAAAAAGCUCUGGGCACAUCGCAAGCAAGGUCAUUAAUCAGUAAAGUGGAGCUCUUUCGUUCGUUUCUGAAGCUGGUGGCAGCAACCGAAGACUCUCGGCUUCCAGAGUCCCUCCGUGGAAAAGAUUUGAAGACGUACUGGGACUACAAGCAGGCUGCAGGGGCGUAUCAGCAGGCCUGGACACAGCUGCGUCUGCAGGCCUUCCCGCUGUGGCCCCGGGGCCCGCCAGAACUGAUGCUGUUUUCCUAGCGGACUGGACUUUACCAUAUCAGUGUCCUGAACGGAUCACAUGAAUAAAAGCAGUUUCUCAUACUCAAGGCUCCAGCAGAGAUCAAAUAUAUAAAUGUUUUAAAAAAUGUUGUAAAAUACUAAGUGCUACUUAAACAGUGUUGGGGAGUAAUUAGUUACAUGUAAUGGAAUUACGUAAUUUAAUUACAAAAUAAAUGGAACUAAUCUGUUACAGUUACUGAGAAAAUGUGUAAUUAAAUUAGUUACUUAUGAAAUGUUAAUGAUUGCAAAGGGGGUUACAUCUCACACAUACACAGAUUUGAUUUCUUUCUUUCCAAAAUUUCAUUGACUGCUCUAAAAUAUGAGACACCAAUGUUUUAGGAGAUUACAGAAUAGGACACUUAUUGCUUAUUCAAUAACUUAUUUGGAUUUGUCUAUAUGCUUUAUUUUUUUAAGAUUAACUUAUUUUCCCCAAGGCUUUGUUAGAUGUCAGUCUUUCCAGUUAUAACAAAUAUUUGAUUUCAAAAACAGUAAACUAUAUCUUACGAUUUUAAAUUUAGUCUCAGAAUUAUCUCAAAGUAAAAAGAGGUGCUAAAGUCUGAUUUUGUGGUGGCUGUGCUUUAAAAUUAAAUUAUGAUCUUAAAUCGAGUGAUGAAGGAUUUUGAAAGUCUGACAGUAAUCAGUGUUGAGUUCGACUGUAAGGUUAACCCGACCUGCUUUAAAUGUUUCAAAAUGAUUAACAGUUGAAAACAUUCGUUAGAAGUUUAGAAAAGUAACCAAAAAGUGAUCAAAUGUAAUCAGUUACAUUACUUUAAUAAUAAAGUAAUUGAAAUCGUUACACUACUUAUUACAUUUUAGAUGGGGUAACUUGUAAUCUGUAACCCAUUACAUAUCCAAAGUAACCUUCCCAGCACUGUACUUAAAACAGCAGAAUAAUUUGCACAGUUUACUUAGCCAGGUUGUCAUUUCUAUCUUCUAUUCUCUGUUCAUUUCUAUUAUAAAAGAUGUUAGCAGGCUCACUCUGUUCUCCAUUCAGCAAAAGUAUAUAUUGACCAGGGGCUAUAAACCAAAAAAAAAGCAAUAUGUAUAUUACGCUAUACAUUCCAAGUCUGUUAAAGUCGUACAGGAGCUUUGUGUGAGCUGAAAUUGAAGCCGUUAUUGACUGAAGAUUUUCCACUGAAAUCUCAAAUCUCAUUGACAUCAUUGAUGCCAGACACCACUGGUUUUCAAAUAUCUCAUGAUCAACCGAGUCUGAACGAGGGGAAGAUUUCCAGUGAAAAGCUAUUGUGUAACACUUUCAUAGUACGGUUUUUGUUAGACUGAAAGCCCUGGUCUUUUUUUUUGCAUUUGUGAGUUAUCAAGAGUUUUUCAGUAUCGGGUGAACUUUGCCUUAAAGCUUACUUUGGAACUGUAUAUGUUCUGGUCCAUGAGGUUUGUAUUUAUAUUAUUAAAGGAUAGUUGAAUGAAAAUUCUCACCAUGUUGUUCCAUGAUUGACCUUUUUUUUUUAUAUUUGUGAUAAAGAUUCCUUGAAAUAGUGAGUCUCAAUAAAUCAUACUGACAAUUGGUUUAUUUUCUGGUGUUGGUUUUUAUUGGUUAGGUCAUCCAGCUACCUUACCUUUCAAUUAUCUUAAAUAUAUAAUUUACAGGGGAAAAAUACAGAUAAAUUAAAACAUUAAAAGUUACUAUAUAUUCUCAGUGUCAA